UAUCAUGUGAUCAGUUGACUCACUUUUUUCUUUUCUUUUCUUUGCUUUUCAGAAGGGUUUUAGCUUAUUAUUCCAUUGAAUAUUGAAUACAAUCAGCACCAAUAUUUUAAGUGAAAGAUUUUUGGUGUAGAGAUAUCAACAAACUUUAUUUACAUUGAUUAAUGUCGACCAAGGUGAAAGGCUUCCUUAAAGGAUUUAAAUACAUUUCCCAAAUAUUUGACGAGAAAGAAGAACAGUUUCAAAUUGGAUUACCAACUGAUGUAAAACAUGUGGCACAUAUUGGAUCAGAUGAUCCAUCAGCAAAUGCACCAAGCUGGAUGACAGAAUUCAAAGGAGGAACUAAAGAAACCUCAUCAGUGAUGAACCCUAAUCCAGAAGGUUAGAACAUAUCUCUCUAAUUAGUAUUUUACAUGUUUGUCGACACUUUCUUCUAAUAAUGAAAAUUUUCAUUCUCCACUCUUAAUAUUUGAAAAUAAAA